AUGUCUGAGUCGACCUGCGAAGUGUGCUGGGGUCUCAACGCCUCAGAUACCGACAGAAUACAUUUCGAAAUUGAAGAACUGAUUGCUUCUGUCAAAGAUGGUUGCGCUUCAUGCAUAUUGCUUUGGAAAGCACUGGAGCAUGCUAUGCCAAAUUUGAGUCAAGAGGAUGGCCGAGUUGACUUGCUCCAGGACGAUGGGAGACCACUGGAGGUGAUUUACCUCGACCACGAAGGCAGCCGCAAGCUGCUUGACAUCUACUGCCAUGCCGAUUCACCUACCUCAUGCUCUUGGAUCGGACCGUCUACUGAAGUCUCGAUCGAUUCUUCCUCGGAUGAAUGUUUCGCGCUGGCCGAGCGUUGGAUCAACGACUGCAUCACUGAACAUGAGAGAUGUGCUGACGGCGAACCCCAACUGCUCCCCACGCGAGUCAUCGAUAUAGGAGCGGCGGAGCAGCCACCUCGACUUCGCCUUCAUAUUCCACAGAACGAAUCGGCACGAUAUGUCGCUCUUAGCCAUUGCUGGGGUUCACCGGAGAAAGCUGCGAGGACGAUUAAAAUGACAGCCGAUAACCUCAGCCAGUUCCAAACCGAGAUACCCUGGAUCAAGCUGACCAAGACCUUCCAAGACGCCGUUAUCAUCACUCGCCGCCUAGGUAUACGGUACCUUUGGAUCGACUCUCUCUGUAUCAUCCAAGGUGAUGCCCAAGACUGGGCUAUCGAAGCCUCGAAAAUGACGACGGUGUAUGCCAACGCUUUCUUUGUUAUUGCAGCGAGCGGUGCUACCGAUGGCGAUGGAGGUUGUUUUUUGGGCUCUCGUGCCGCCAGCGUGGAGGGUGUUCUGCCUAUUGAGUGUAGUGGCGUGGGAGGGAGGAAAAGCACUGCCUAUGCAAGACGAGUUAGAAGGAGCUACGAGGACAGCCGCAGAAUCACGCGGUCCGCACAGAGUGUGCAUGGCUGGAUGACGGGCUUAGGACAGCCCCUUGAGAAGCGUGCGUGGACCUACCAGGAGGAGAAAUUGGCUAAUCGUAUCUUGUAUUACACACAAGACGAGCUUCAGUGGCGUUGCGCGACCUUCAACGCUUGCGAGUGUUCUCCCCCUUCGGUGAACACACUGGCGCAUGACCUCUCACGCACUCAGGACGGAAACAGCGAGGUGUGGUGUCGUAUGGUGCUGGCAUACACACAGCGCGAGUUGACGUACAUCUCGGAUCGCCUUCCCGCGCUAUCGGGCAUCGCUACUGGGUGGGAACUUUCUGAAAAUGACACCUUUUGUGCUGGCUUAUGGCGGCGGGGUCUUCCUCGGCAACUAUUGUGGAUGAGAAGCCACGAGAUGGAUACGAGUAUCCCCGUCAUCAGUUCCAAAAGGCAUCCCGAGUAUUAUGCCCCGACCUGGUCGUGGGCUUCCAUCACCGGCGCAGUGGAUUUCAUUUUGGACCGCCUCGAGUUCCACGCCCGCAUUGUAGACUGCGAGACGGAACCCUCGACUGCGAAUCGCUUUGGGCCAGUUCGGUCCGGUCACGUUACGCUGAUGGGAUUCUUGAUACCCGUCAAAGCGAGCAUGAACUGGGACUGCAAGAGCAUUUGGAGCAAGAAAAUGCCCCGGGUGACGGAUAACCGCCCAGAUCGCAACAACCAGUACCUUGGCGAGAUGCUCCCGGAUAUCGAAACGGAAACUCGCGAAUAUCCCGAAAUAGAAGAAGAAGAAUGCUAUCACAUUUUGGCCUUGGGUCAUAAUAGUGUGGACACUUGGAUCAGCAUCAAGUCCCUAGUCCUUCGACAGGUGCAGUCCACCCCGAAUGCUUACACUAGAGUUGGAUUGUUGGAGGUUAGACACGAUGGAACUUUGAAGACAUUCUUCAGCGACACCCAAGAAUGUCGAAUAACCAUUCUAUAG